AUGUCCUUCGAUCCUCACAAUGUCGACCUGGACACAGCCGACCCGACUGACAUCGUGUGUUACCUUAAUUCCGAAGGCAAUGAAUACAAUGGCCAGCUAGGCGCGCGAAUCUCCGCCAUCUUCGUCAUCAUGUUCAUCUCUUCGGCAGCAACCUUCUUCCCCGUGGUCGCACAACGUGUACCACGCCUGCGCAUCCCAGUCUACGUCUAUCUCUUCGCAAGGUACUUCGGUGCUGGUGUAAUUGUCGCAACAGCCUUCAUCCAUCUCCUCGAUCCCGCCUACGACGAAAUCGGUCCCGCCUCCUGCGUCGGUAUGACCGGCCACUGGGCCGACUACUCAUGGUGCCCUGCAAUCGUAUUGACAUCCAUGAUGAUGGUCUUCCUCAUGGACUUCGGUGCCGAGCGCUACGUCGAGAUCAAGUACGGUAUCUGCCGUGAAGACCCCGAGCCCAUUAUGUCGACUGGAGGCGAGGUGCGCCGUGUGGACUCGCGUGUUUCGGGACGCCACGCAGACGACAAGCAAGCCAAAGAGAUUGAGUCGCAGUCCGAGGAGGUGGCUAUCGAGCGCUCUGUCAGACAGCAAAUUGCCGCGCUGCUGAUUCUGGAGUUCGGUGUUAUCUUCCACUCCGUCAUUAUCGGCCUGAACCUCGGUGUUGCCGGUGACGAGUUUGCUACACUUUACCCUGUUCUGGUCUUCCACCAGUCCUUCGAGGGUCUCGGUAUUGGAGCCCGCAUGUCCAGUAUCCCAUUCAAGAAGGGGAGCUGGCUGCCUUGGUUCUUGUGUACCGCCUAUGGUCUCACGACGCCCAUUUCCAUCGCUAUUGGUCUUGGUGUCCGCACUACUUACAACCCUGGUUCUUACACUGCCAAUGUUGUCUCCGGUGUGCUGGAUGCCAUCUCCGCUGGAAUCUUGGUGUACACUGGUCUCGUUGAGCUGCUUGCUCGCGACUUCUUGUUCGACCCUCACCGCACUCAGGACAACAAGCGGUUGGCUUUCAUGGUCAUAUCUAUGCUCCUUGGUGCUGGUAUCAUGGCUCUGCUUGGAAAGUGGGCUUAA